AUGGGGGUGAUGGGGGCAGAUCUCCAGUCCACCGCCAGUCCAACACCAGUCCACCGCCAGUCCACCACCAGUCCAACACCAGUCCACCACCAGUUCACCACCAGUUCACCACCAGUCCAACACCAGUCCACCGCCAGUCCAAAACCAGUCCAACACCAGCCCAACACCAGUCCAACACCAGCCACCGCCAGUCCAACACCAGUCCACCACCAGUUCAACGCCAGUCCACCACCAGUCCAAAACCAGUCCACCGCCAGUCCAACACCAGUCCAACACCAGUCCACCGCCAGUCCAACACCAGUCCAACACCAGUCCACCACCAGUCCACCACCAGCCCAACACCAGCCCAACACCAGUCCACCACCAGUCCAACGCCAGUCCACCACCAGUCCAACGCCAGUCCACCGCCAGUCCACCGCCAGUCCACCGCCAGUCCACCGCCAGCCCAACGCCAGCCCAACGCCAGUCCACCGCCAGUCCAACGCCAGUCCAACACCAGUCCACCACCAGUCCACCCCCAGUCCACCACCAGUUCACCCCCAGUCCACCCCCAGUCCAACACCAGUCCAACACCAGUCCACCACCAGUCCAACACCAGUCCAACACCAGUCCACCACCAGUCCACCACCAGUCCAACACCAGUCCAACACCAGUCCACCACCAGUCCAACACCAGUCCACCCCAGUCCACCACCAGUCCACCACCAGUCCACCCCCAGUCCAACACCAGUCCAACACCAGCCCACCACCAGUCCAACUAGUAUUACCCCACCAGUCCACCCCCAGUCCAACACCAGUCCAACACCAGUCCACCAUCAGUCCACCCCCAGUUCACCCCCAGUCCAACACCAGUCCAACACCAGUCCAACACCAGUCCACCCCCAGUCGACCCCCAGUCCACCACCAGUCCAACACCAGUCCAACACCAGUCCAACACCAGUCCAACACCAGUCCAACACCAGCCCGCAUCUUCUUAGUCUUUUAA